AUGCCCUCAUAUGCCAAGUUUCUUAAAGAAAUCUCAACUAAUAAGAAAAGGAUCGAGGAUGAGGAAAUUGUUAUGCUCACUGCCGAGUGUAGUGCCAUUUUACAAAAUGAAAUGCCUCCUAAGCUAAAACACCCCGGUAGUUUCUCCAUACCGUGUGUUAUUGGAAAAUAUGUUAUCGAUAAUGCCCUAUGCGAUUUAGGAGCUAGUAUUAGUUUAAUGCCUAUAGCCAUAUGUGAAAAACUAAAGAUGGGCGAAUUAAGACCAACCAAAAUGUCAAUUCAAUUUGCGGACCGUUCUGUCAAGUACCCCUUAGGUAUCCUAGAAAACGUACUAGUCCGAGUAGGUCAAUUCUUCAUUCCAACUGAUUUCAUAGUCAUGGACAAUAGGGAAGACUCCAAUACACCUAUUAUCUUAGGAAGGUCAUUCUUAGCAACUGUCGGUGCCAUAAUAGACGUAAAAAGAGGAAAGCUCACCUUUGAGGUGGGUGAAGAAAAAGUUGAAUUUAUUUUAACACAAUUUAUGAAAGCACCUGCUAUAGAUGAUAAUUGCUACAUGUUAGACGUCAUCGAGGAAUGUAGGAAAGAGAUGGAGAAUGAUCAAACCAAAUACUCUGAAAUUCUAAAAACCUCCACCUCUCCAACAGAAAAGAUUAUUGAUGAAUGCUUCGAAGCUUCGCAAGAUCCUACGCCGCUCCAGUCAAACCGACUUUAG